GCAAUAUAGCUGCUGUUGUGUCUGUACUCUGUACUAUCAAGUAUCAUGUCAUAUUAAAAAUUAUUUGACAGGCUGAGUUACUGAUUGAAAUUGCUAAAUAAAUAACCUAUUUUAAUGGUUUGGUGCUAUUUUUCAGGAGGCUAGUGUGUAAUUUGACGAAAUAUAACGAUAAAAAAAAUGAGUUUUCUAUUUGGCAGUCGAUCUAAUAAAACCUUUAAGCCAAAGAAAAAUAUUCCCGAAGGAACACAUCAGUAUGACCUAAUGCGACAUGCAGCCGCUACUUUGGGUUCCGGAAACCUCCGCCUCGCCGUCAUGCUGCCUGAAGGCGAAGACCUCAACGAAUGGGUUGCAGUAAACACGGUAGACUUCUUCAAUCAGAUUAACAUGUUGUAUGGUACAAUCACUGAGUUCUGUACGGAGGAAUCAUGCGCGGUGAUGUCGGCGGGGCCCAAGUAUGAGUACCACUGGGCCGACGGUCACACUGUCAAGAAGCCUAUAAAGUGUUCGGCUCCCAAGUACAUUGAUUAUCUCAUGACAUGGGCGCAGGACCAGCUAGACGAUGAAACACUUUUCCCCUCAAAAAUAGGGGUGCCAUUUCCUAAAAACUUCUUAUCAAUGGCGAAAACCAUAUUAAAGCGACUGUUCCGCGUCUACGCACACAUCUACCACCAGCACUUCCCCGAGGUGGUGCAGCUCGGAGAGGAGGCACAUCUUAACACCUCUUUCAAACACUUCAUAUUUUUUGUUCAGGAGUUUAAUUUAAUCGAGCGGCGAGAGCUGGCGCCGCUGCAGGAACUCAUUGAGAAGCUGACCGCCAAGGAGGCGCGAUGAGGCCGUCCUCAAAAAGCCCCGCCCCUCCUGGCUACUGUCUCUAGCGAAUUCAAUUAUGUAACUUAUGUUAAUGUAUUAUUUUUGCAAAACACAAUAAGAAUUAAGAGGUGUACUUAAACGUGGACAUACCUGUUAAUGUAACCAGGUUCAAUCUCAAGUGUGCCCUACUCUCUAUUAUUGAAGCGACUCUCACUCUGACUCGACCUCUAUUUACUAUACUAAUGUUUGAUAUUUUUGUGAAUGAAUUUGUGAUAUGGAGUAUUCAGAGAGCGGUCCAGUACAUGAUUCGUGUCUGUACCUGCCACUCGGUGGAGUGAGCCAACUGCUACGAGAGAAUUACAUUCAACGUGACGUCACACGCGGCGGUUAGCAUUUAGAACGAGAUUAAAGUAUAUUACUUUAUAUAGAUGAUUUAUACCUUCUUAUGUAAUGAGUAAGAUUAGAUACAAAAUACAAUAGUUAGUAUACAUUUGUAAAAGUGAUUUUAUAUAUAACAAUGUAACAAGUCAUCGGCUAUUUACGUUUUGUUUCGAGUAAGCGAUAACUCGAUAUAGGCAAUAUUUAAGAAACUUAAAUUAUUAUUAUUAUUUUUAAACGUCUAUGUAACAUGAUUUAUAAAACCAUUUACGUUGUAAAAAAACUGUCAUUUUGUCAGGAAAUAACAGUUUUAUACGAAAUCUUGUAAUUUCCAUACAGGGUUAUAUUUAAAAGAAAAAGGUUAUAACUCUUAGAUCUGAUUCUGUUAAUUGUAAUAAAUAGUCAUCGUUCAGAUAUCAUUUAAGGGUCCGUUCACACAGACCGGCUCGGAGAGGAGAGCAGAUUUUUAUCACGUUGGAAACAGUGUUUUGAGUGAUUGUAGUAAAGUUUAUUUUUGCAUUUGCACCUUUUUUGUCAUUAAAAAUGCCUGAACGCGCUUCGUGUGAAGUAAUAAAAGGAGCCGACCGGCUCCGCUUGCGUGCUCUUUCUCGCUCGCACCCGCUUUCAGAUCUCUUCCAGCCGGUCGAUGUGAAAUAGUUGGCGGCUCCGCUCCGGCCAAUUCCAAGCGUAUACGACCCGG